AUGGGUUCAUGGAGCUACCAGGAGGCUACAGCCUCUUCACCCCGGUUGAAAACCAUCGACUGGGGUUCCAAUGGCAGGAUCAUAUCGACAGACCGUGCUGGAACGAUUUUGUACCUUGGUUUCUACCAUCCUCAGCACGGAAUCGCCGUCAUCUCUCCAUACGAACAGUUUGAUGGCGCACGCUUUUACGACCCAACCUAUGUGCGUGCCUAUCGCAAGCGAAUGCUGCAAUGGAUGCAAGACGGUAAACCCGGUUUCGGAGUCCACAUCCACGGCAAGCCAGUCGAUGCCGCCGUGACUGCCCGGGACAGACGACAGAUUCAGUUGGACUAUGAACUCGACAGCGGGAUCCAUGUGCGGAGGGUCCUCUCAGUCGAAACGACCGGCGAAGUGAGACAGACCACGGCCUUGUCCACAGCGUCAUCGCAAGCGGUUUCGGUUCCGGUGACGUUGAAUCUGGGCAUGAGCUUCAAUCGCGCGUCGUACGGCCAGCUGACUGAAGGCGGGCCGAUACCGAUUCCAAAGUCAGAGAACGUGUUCAAGGCAGCGAGGGAUGGGAGCAGUUUCUCGCUGCACAAUCCCAAUCUGGGCGCCUCUGUCGAGGGCCGGGUUUGGUGCAGCUCUCCUGAAGGGAUUGCUUUUGAUCUCGACGUCACGGAGAAGACCUUCUACGACGAACCUGUCAAAGCAGAGUCCACCGCAGUGGUUGAAAUCGCGCCUGGUUCGGGGCUGACCUUCACUGUCAGCUUUUUGCCGCAGAUUGGGAAUUCACUUUCCCAACAAUUCAGACAAGACAUCCGUAGCAACUCUCGUCAACCCUGCAAAUGGCGAUUCCAAGACGCAGCAGCGUCCAAGAUCGUUCUCGGAAAUCUCGAAUACGUGCUCGGAAACUGCAUGAUACCGAUCUCUGACAAAAGCACUUGCGUGAUAACCGAUCAUGUCGCGCUUCCUCUGGGCUGGAAUCGGGACAAUUACUGGCAAAUCCGCUUUCUUCUCGAGGUGUACAAGAAUCUCAACAAAAUAGCGGACGCGACGACAGCAAAAGAGUACAGUGAGGAGAUCCUGCGGAACGUCAAAGGCCAUCUUCACUGGGUCUUCCGCGACGCCCAACGCCCACACCGUUUCUGGCAUCGAUCAUACGUUGCCAACGGCGUCCCCAAGGACCGUCCCAUUUUCCAGCUGGAUCAGCAAUGCUAUCCACUGCUGGAACUAUGUGACUAUUUCGAGUUCGUCCCAGAGACCAAAGAAUUUGUAUCGGAGAUCGUUCGGGAGGGCACCGUCGCUGACAUUGUCGACCUACUCGAAUCGCGACAAGACAGCGAGUCUGGCCUCUUUCCCACGGACGAGACCCCUGGAGAUGACCCUGUGGAGUUUCCAUUCCACUUCUCGAGCCACGUUCUCCUGUGGUACACCUUCACUCGGCUAGCGAGACUGAUCGAGGCCUUGGGAGAUAGUAUCAACAUUGAUGCUUCCAAGCUUCACCCUUCUCGCCUGCGCAAUCUUGCUCAGAAUAUCUUCUCCGCGACGAUGAAACAUUUUGUCUCCGUGAACCCCAAGACAAACGAACGAAUGUUCGCCUACCUGACCAGCGGCGCCGGUCGACACGUCUUCUAUCACGACGCCAACGACAUCCCAACCCUGUUCGCGCCGGAGUGGGGAUUCGUCAACACCCCCGAAGACAUUGCCAUCUGGACUCGCGCGAUGGAGUUUGGUCUGUCGUCCGCGAACGAAGGAGGGUUUUACGGCGACGGACCCUAUGGCGGUCUCGGCAGUGUCCACACCCGCGGGCCAUGGCCCCUGGGUUAUUUCCAGGAGCUCGUUUUCGCCGAGAUGCGAGGCGAUCUCCAGGCAAGGGAACAGGCAUGGCGGAAGAUUCAAGGCGCCAUGUUCCCCGAUGGGCUGUUUUCGGAAGCAGUGGAUGGCCAUACCGGGGAGUGCACUAGCAAGGCCUGGUUUAGCUGGCCGGGCUCGAUGAUUGCCUCUGCGCUGCUGCAAGAUCGUUGCGGUCAGGUUCGUCCUGGAGACAUGUUGACGUCGGUCAUCUGA